UUUUUUUUUUUUAUUUCAUUUUAUUAUUAUUUCAAUAUGGAUGUUGUUGUAGGUCAAACAUUGAAACAAAUAUAUACAUACUUUUAUCAGCAACUCGUUGUGUUGAAUAUUACCGUUUUACCAACACCUGACAAUGUGGCUUCUGUCGUAAGCACGGUAGGUCUCACCGUGUAUCAAAAUUGCCCUGAACAUAUCCAACUGUAUUAUGACAAGUUCGUGUCUUUACCUGUCCAAUCCAACAUUAUUCCCGUCUUUCUUGCUCUGGUUGUUCUAUAUUCAUUGUUCUCAUUGAUUCUUGUCACUUUACGUGGUAUCUUUAGACUGGUCUACAGCUUUGUCCGAUUCACUCUUAUUCUCUUCAUGAUCACCAUCCUGAUUUACAUUGCUCAACAGUACUUGGCUCAAGGUUCUCCUUUACUGCAAAAUAUACUGGAUACAUUGGUCCAACUACGACAACAAAACACUUCUCCUCCAACUUCGACAUUUGUUGUUCAACAUUAACCAACAUUUCUCUCUUCCCAUAUACGGUGUUUAUGCCUUCCAUCCAUACCUUUUUUUUUUUUUAUCAUAUAGUCUAGUUUUUAUGCUAUAUAUUAUUAUCAUCAUCAAAUAAAAACAUUUCUUUUUUUUUAUCAUUAC